GUCCAAUACUGGUCGAAAGGUGUCAACGAUAACUCAACUUCGACUCAACUCUGUUUUAGCUUUCAAAAAUUCAAGUCAUUCUCCGUUUUUUUUUCUCAGCCGCUCUAGAUUCUGUUGGAAUAUGUCGAAAAUGCGCUUGUUAAAGGAGGAAAUUGAGUUGUUCCACCAGAAGUCAUUGCCAAAAUAUGACGGACUAAGCCCGGAAGACCUGUAUGUGAUGUACAAGAAGCUCCAGAUGGAGCUGGAGCUUAUUCAGGUUCAGGAGGACUACAUCAAGGAGGAGCAACGCAAUCUCAAGAAAGAGUUUUUACACGCCCAGGAGGAGGUGAAGCGCAUCAAGGCCGUACCUUUGGUAAUUGGCCAGUUCCUUGAGGCAGUUGACGAGAAUAGCGGGAUAGUUGCAUCUACCACCGGCUCCAAUUACUAUGUUCGCGUCCUGUCCACCAUCGACCGCGAGCUGCUGAAGCCCUCGGCCUCAGUGGCACUCCACAAGCAGAGCAACUGCCUAGUGGAUCUAGUGCCGCCGGAGGCAGACAGCACCAUUUCAAUGCUGUCACCGGACGAAAGGCCCGACGUCACCUACUCGGACAUUGGGGGCCUAGACCUGCAGAAGCAAGAGAUACGCGAGGCUGUGGAGCUGCCGCUGACCCAUGCCCAACUGUACAAGCAGAUUGGUAUCGAUCCGCCUCGGGGCGUAUUGCUCUUUGGUCCACCAGGAUGUGGCAAAACGAUGUUGGCCAAGGCCGUUGCCCACCACACCACCGCCUCCUUUAUUCGUGUCGUUGGGUCCGAGUUUGUCCAAAAAUAUUUGGGCGAAGGACCACGCAUGGUGCGAGAUCUUUUUCGCCUUGCCAAGGAAAACGCUCCCUCAGUCAUCUUCAUCGAUGAGAUCGACGCGAUUGCCACGAAGCGCUUCGACGCUCAGACGGGUGCUGACCGAGAGGUUCAGCGUAUCCUGCUAGAGCUGCUUAACCAAAUGGAUGGGUUCGACGAGACCACCAAUAUCAAAGUGAUCAUGGCUACCAACCGUGCUGACACUUUGGAUCCGGCUCUACUGCGCCCCGGGCGCAUGGAUCGCAAGAUAGAGUUUCCCUUGCCAGAUCGUCGUCAGAAGCGCCUGGUUUUCUCCACAAUAACCUCGAAAAUGAAUCUGGCGGAGGAUGUGGACCUGGAGGAUCUAAUUGCACGUCCAGACAAUAUCUCAAAUGCAGACAUCAACGCCAUUUGCCAGGAGGCGGGAAUGCAUGCGGUGCGCGAGAAUCGUUAUGUGGUCAACUUCAAGGACUUUGAGAAGGGUUACAAGACCAGCGUACGCAAGGAUGAGGCACAACACGAGUUCUACAAUUAAUGUCAUGAUAAAAGGCACAGUCACAUUACACAUAGCUUCUUUAUUAAUUAAUUAAUUAUUAAUUAAAUGUUCUACAGGCCGCAACUUGAAUAUCUUUCUAGAAAGAAUAAAAUAAAUCUUUUCUAAAAGGACGCAACUUCAAAACAGA